UAUUAAUGUAUGUGUCAUGAAUCUGCAUGUGAUGCAUUCAUCUACCAGGGACUACAGGCCUGAGUCUGGGACCUACAGGAUGUUGGUCUUUUUACUACUACCUCUCCUAGCAUAUGGAAAAGAUUGGAAUUACGAUCCAACUUCACCAUUGGGUCCCGCUAACUGGAAAGAGAAGUAUCCAACAUGCGGCGGCCAGAACCAAUCACCAAUAGAAAUAAGAGCAAUGGACACUUUGAUAGACCCCAACCGCACCCCGUUAUUUCUUUUAAAUGAUAGAAAACGAUUAACAGGAGCUACAUUGACGAACAUUGGUGACGGAGUUCUAAUGACGAUUCCAACGAAGCAUUAUUUGGUGUUUUACGACCUUGGUGCCCUGCCCGGACAGUACAGGGUACAUGAGUCCAUAUUUAAGUGGCCUGCAGAGCACAUCAUAGAUGGCGAACAAAAACCACUUGAGUUGCAAAUUAUGACAUGGAAUACAAAUAUGUAUGUCGAAUACAAGGACGCGGUGGGAAAACCUAAUGGGAGAGCUAUAUUUAGCGUUCUUUUUACGGUUUACAACCACAUGGAAUCGCCGAGGUUAUAUCUUGAUGACGGAUUAAAGAAAUUAAACACAACUUUAUACUCAAUAACAAAUCCAGGCGACGAAGCUCAGAUAGAUGACGACAGCAACACCUAUUACGAGUUAAGGAACAGCAUGCCAGCACCUGACUAUUUCAAAGAUAGAUAUUAUCGAUACAACGGAAGUCUCUCUUCACCAUCCUGUGAUGAAGGUAUUCUUCGAAUCGUAUUUAAGGAAAAUAGAUUUAUAGCCGAUAUUCAGUUUGAGGCUUUCCGAAGGCUUAAAGGAUCCGAUGGAAGUCCAACUCUUGAUGGUCUCAGUAGGCCCGUACAGAGCCUGAAUGAACGCGAGGUAACACGGA